GGUUAGUAGUGAUAAAGUUAAGUGACGCUCAACCAAAAUAUACGUGGUUGGACAAGCCCGGGCAUCAGCUCGGGCAAGAAAUUCGAUUAUCUGUGGUCUGACACGUGGCCUGCUGCGCAUACGGUACAAAUAGUACGUCCAAGCUGUUUCCAUUCCACCCUUUCACAUCGAACACGCGGAUCAUGUCUCCUAUUAAUCCCAACGUUGUUCAUGAAUGUCAGCGCUCUCCAUGCGCUAACAGCGAGGCGGCUGACCUCUCUUGUUAAAUCGUCUUUGACGGUUUUGCCAUGUCUCAAAACGUAUAAUACCUCUCCGUUCAAAGUUCUGUCAUUGUCUUGCGAUAACAACCAACCCCUUUCGGGCUCGACUGCGCCCCAGCAUGCCAAGACCGGUUCAGUCCCCGAGGUCGUCGUGUACAACAACCCCCAACUACGUUACCCCACCCGAUGCUGUAAGUCUUUCCGUGACUCAUCUAGCACAGGCCUAUGCAGCCGAAGUCAAAGCCAACGGGGUACAAGUAUAAUUAUCACCUCAUCCUCGCACACCCGUCGGUUACACAUCAUAUCCACCCUGUUCGCACGCAAUUCGCCCGCGCGCAUCUUUACAGGUCUACAGGAAGCCCUCCUAGUAUGUCACUUCGAUGACUUUGGAAGUUUUAUCAUCGUGGUAUCUUGUUCAUUCUGGCGCAGGCCAAGCCGAAAUCAACCCAACGGGUCUGCGAUUCUUGUCGGCCGAGCAUCAUAUCCGUAUGAAGGGAACAAUCCGGUUUUUUUUCUGCUUCUCCCCUUCUACUCAUGCAUUCAGCCGGCGUUUAAAUGUUUUGAAAUAUCUUUUUGUGCUCAGAUUUCAUUAUCACUUUCGAAGCACAGUAUCUACCUCGCCGAUCCACGUGACCUCUCGUAAUUCCACUGCACGUUACCAAUUGACGUUACUCGGAUACUCAAUGCCGAUCCACGUAUGCCCCCCUACUAGGGACUGGGUUCCCUUGCUUACCUACUCACUCCGCCUCCAUAUCUACCUGUGCCGAAUCGCCACUCUACUCCCCCGCCGCCUC